UUUUGUGUUGUGAUUAGAGAAUGUAUUUCCAAAAAAAAGAUUAAUUAAUCAAUUUACAAAAUUGGUAAUAUUUUUAUAAUUCGUCAAAAUAUAUCGAUUUAUUAUGUCAAAAAUGAAAUAACAGUCGGUUUUUUUAAUUUUUUUAAUAUCAAUAUCCUCAAAGAAACAAACGUUAAAUGAAAAAACAGGCUUAAUCAAAACCCUUUUUUUUCAACAAUAAUCCCCCCUUCUCUUUUCCUCUCGCACAAAACCCUUCCCACCACCAGCUUCAUCGCCGGAAAACGAGGCCCCCCCACCUCUCUCUUCAUCACCGGAAACGGCGACAUAAAAACCAUCCUGACGCCUUCCCCGCUCGUCCCUGUACGGCACAAGAUUUAUCCCCGAUACCCUCGUAUCCGUACUGAAAAUUUACCAAAGACGCAGCAAUUAAGAGAAACAGAGAGUGCAUAUGCUAUCGGUGUCUCAGGGAAGUGGUUACGAAGAAAGCGUAAGCAACAUGAAUUAGAGUGCCUUAAUUUCAGACCAGGCGGGAACUGAAUCGACCUAUCGUGAAUCGAUAAUACGACAUCAUACUUGGUCGCUUGGUGAAUUAAUAUCAGAAGACUCAUUCAUCUAUCAUCUCUCUCGCUUCAUUGAUUUUUUAAGUUUAUGGCAACCUCUCGUGAAGAAGAAGAAUUUGUGCUGCUUGACUUGGAUUCAGUUUCUGGGCAACUUCACAUUCCACCUAAUGCUCCCUAUGUUCUCUCUGGCCUUGAUACAUUGAACCCAAUCCUAAUUAUUGAUGACAAAAUAAAGCUGAUUGGCGAAUACGAGGAAACUGUUGGAACAUGUCUUGUUUUUAGUGAACACAAUGCUUCGCCUGUGGUUCAUGAAGAAACGGGAUCAUCCGAAGUAAACCUUUUUUCAGGAAAAUGUAUAAUUAAUCCGAAUGAGGUUACAAGAAAGCAAGUCAAACCUAUUUGUCAACUCCAAAAGGUUCUUAGGUUCAAGUUACAAGAUGAUCAAACCAACAAUGUUGUUGAUGUUCCAACAAUCGAACAUAGUACCAUGAAGAACGACUAGUUUUUAAUUGUUGAGAUGCUAUAUGAAUGAAAUUUUGUUGUAUCUUUAUAGUUGUUAAAGUUGUUAAAAUGACCUUUUUGCUCCUA